AUGGUUGCCGUUGAAAAGGAGAAGAAGGAGAAGAAGGAGAUGAUGGUGGACCGCGGCUGGGCCGGUUGUCCCAGGGGUCUGGCAGCCGGUGUGCUGGCCCUGGCUCUCCUCCUCUGCCUGCUGGAGGGGCCAGAGGUGGGGGGGGCCAAGCGGGCCCCCAAGAUCCCCCGCUGCCCCAGCACCUGCUCUUGCACCAAGGACAGCGCCUUCUGCGUGGACACCAAGGCCAUCCCUAAGAGCUUCCCCCCGGGGAUCAUCUCCUUGACGAUGGUGAACGCAGCUUUCACCACCAUCCCAGAGGGAGCCUUCUCUCAUCUACAGAUGCUGCAGUUCCUUUUACUGAACUCCAAUACGUUUACUCAAGUGUCGGACGACGCCUUCGCUGGCCUGUCUCACCUGCAGUACCUGUUCAUAGAGAAUAACGACAUCCAGGCUCUCUGCAAGAACACCUUCAGAGGACUCAAGUCUUUGACCCACCUGUCUCUGUCCAACAACAACCUGCAGUUGCUGCCCCGGCAGCUCUUCCAGCACCUCGACAUCCUCACUGACCUAGACCUGCGGGGGAACUCGUUCCGCUGCGACUGUAAGAUCAAGUGGCUGGUGGACUGGAUGGAGCAGACCAACACCUCGGUGCCCGCCAUCUACUGCGCCAGUCCCUUCGAGUUCCAGGGACGCAGGAUCCACGACCUCACCCCGCGGGACUUCAACUGCAUCAGUGCAGAUUUCGCAGUUUAUGAAACCUUCCGUUUCCAGUCGGUGUCUGUGGAGUCCUAUGAGUUCAACGAGGAUCACUUUGUGGUCUUUGCUCAGCCCGAUACAGGCUUCUGCACGCUUUACAUCUGGGACCAUGUGGAGAUGCUCUUCAAGAACUUCCACAACAUCACCUCCCGCUCUGCCGUCUACUGCAAACCGGUGGUGAUCAACAACACGCUCUACAUGGUGGUGGCCCAGCUCUUUGGAGGCUCCCACAUCUACAAAUGGGCCGACGACCCGCAGCGCUUCGUGAAGAUCCAGGACAUUGACACGACGCGCGUCAGGAAGCCCAACUUCAUCGAGACCUUCCAGCUGGACGAGGAGUGGUACUUCGUGGUGGCGGACAGCUCCAAGGCCGGCUCCACCAGCAUCUACCGCUGGAACAGCAACGGCUUCUACACCCACCAGUCCCUGCACCCCUGGCACCGCGACACACACGUGGAGUUCCUGGACACCGGCAGCGGGCGGCAGCACCUGAUCCUGUCCAGCGCCUCCCAGCCGCCCGUGAUCUUCCAGUGGAGCCGCAGCCAAAAGCAGUUCAUCUUCUACUCCCAGAUCACAGAGCUGGCCGACGUGCAGAUGGUGAAGCACUUCUGGGUGCGCAAGGUGCUCUACCUGUGCCUCACGCGCUUCAUCGGCGACUCCAAGAUCCUGCGCUGGGAGGGCCAGCGCUUCGUUGAGAUCCAGACGCUGCCGUCGCGCGGCUCCAUGGCGGUGUACCCCUUCACGGUGGGCCUGCGCCAGUACCUCCUGCUGGGCAGCGACUUCUCCUUCUCCAGGGUGUACCUGUGGGACGACCUCACGCAGCGCUUCCAGCCCUUCCAGGAGCUCAACAUCAGGGGGCCGCGUGCCUUCAGCCUGGUCUCUGUGGACAACAAGGACAUCCUGCUGGCCGCCAGCUUCAAGGGGAAUACCCUGGCCUACCAGCACCUGCUGGUGGACCUCAGUGCCAAGUAGAGACCACCUAACACCCAACUCAGUAGAGAUCCGCAGUAAAGGUCCCCUGUUAAACCACCAGGAGGGAGUGUGAUUGGCCUUUUGCAAGCUGUUGAGGAUCUGCCUUUUCCUGUGCCAAAGUGACAUCACAAGUUGGCGUUCGCACCUGGAUGUGUGCUGGAUGGAUCAGUCUACCAGCCCUCCCAGUUGACUGCAGCAAAUGUUGCUUCUCUAUCCAGCGUACAUCUAGAUGGAAAUUCCCACUUGUGAUGUCACUAAAACACAGGAAAAGGCAGAUUUCCAAAGGGCUUGUAAUGGCUAACCUCACUCAGACCUGGUGGUAUAACAGGGGCCCCUUAAAGAAACACGUGCCAUGCCGAGGAGAGGGACCUCAGCUUUCCUGAGCCAAUCAGACUGAAGCCGUCUCAACAGACAGAUGGAGACAACUAACCAAAUGAUCGUUUUUUUAAUAUAUUCUUAUGCAAUAAUAUUGGACAACUAAUUACAUCCAUGUGUAUGUCGGAUCCCUGAGCAUCAUGAUCCAAUGUUUUGUAACGUAUUAUGCUAUAUAUUGUGUGCUCUACAGAUUGUGCGCAUGUACAUUAACUGUUCACAUUGAAUGGAUUGGUAAAACUUUGGAUCCUUAAAACAAUUUAGCCCACAUGUAGCAAUCAGCAUGCCGCUUAUUAACAGAAAUCCAAAGUACGCUUGACUUGAUAACAAACAAAGGAAUGGGGAUUUUCUGGACUCUUUCUGUUUGUCAGUAAUCCAUAAUUUCCUGUAGGCCUAUACUAAUUUUCAGUUUGAUUGUAUGCUUUCAUUGUUCUCAGCCUCACUUGUAAAUCGAUUUGGAUAAAAGUGUCAGCUAAAUGUCUAAGUGUUUCGAAACGUAUUACUUUAUUUCAAAGAAAGAUAUAUUCCAAAAACUGAAUCCGCAACGAGCAUGACCUAUGACCCCACGUUCAUGAUCUUUGACCUCACGUUCCUCUCAGAGAGCAGUUCAUGUGCUCUGUUCUACAGAAAUGAAUAAAACCAACAAAAUAUUUAAAAUGAUCAGCACUUUAUAAAUGCAAUAAACUUGAAUAAACUGGAUUGAGGUUAAUCUUGAAACCAAACUUCAUGAGUUUGACGGGACACUGUUAACAUAGAAUUAAUAAAAAAAAAGAAGUAAAUGAAAAGUCCUUACAUCCGUGCGCCUGCACCAGCACCAC